AUGGCUGAAGCUUCUAAAGCCCCGAAAUCUAUUUCAGUGCCGGGCGUUGUAGUCGAUUCUCGAGACAGGAUUCGAGGCAUGUUUCGACGGGACUUUUUAAGCGAUGGCCUCCACGUGCCAGCUUCCGACUAUUUAGCUAUACUGCCUUCAUCGCAAUUUAGAUCAUCAUCAUUUGGUCUGCGUCCCAAAAGACCAUAUUUUUUGCAACAUAACCCAUGUUCAAAGCCCGUGUGCCGGAGUUCCUUUUUCCUUCGUCCCAGCUGCUUCGGCUCGCCUUCGUUCUCCCUAAUAGGUCGCAAGGGCGCCCUGGAACGUGCUGGGGUUUCUAGUCUGAACACGGAGUGGGCUCAGGUGGAGGUGAUUGACCUGAUCAACGAUGGCUCCGGCCUGGGCUUCGGGAUCAUCGGCGGGAGGUCAACGGGCGUGGUGGUCAAGACCAUCCUUCCCGGAGGCGUCGCAGACAGGGACUCUCGUCUGCGCUCAGGCGACCACAUCCUGCAGAUCGGUGACGUCAACUUGCGUGGGAUGGGCAGCGACCAGGUGGCGGCCGUCCUGCGCCAGUCGGGCUCGCACGUCCGCCUCAUCGUCGCUAGGCCUGUGGAACCCACCUCGCCCGAUUUCCAGGUGGGUCGGUCCGCUCCGAUCGUCGAGACGCGCGUCCUGAACGACCCGGAGGAGCUCGAGCGUCACCUGAGCCUCCUUCACAACGGCUACCCGCCUACAACGACCGCCGACCCCGUGGUAGCUGCCUCCGGCUCGCCCGCCACCAACGGCCACAUCGCCCCCUACACCAACGGCGACACGGAUGCUCUUACACGAGAGAGCCUGGUGGGCGGCGGGGUGGGCGAGGUCAGCACCGUCACCACCGAGGCGCACCUGCACUACCCGGAAGUCCAGGUUGAAGGCGAGGGCGGGUCGUCGGCCUCGUCCCUGUCGCCGCCGGGCCCGGUGGCCGAGGCGCAGCUCCAGCAGCAGCCGGCCCAGGCAGGGGCCCUUGAGGGCGAGUCUGCCAUCCACACCUACACCGAGGACGACCUGGCACUGGUCGAAGGAGCACUGCCGGAGAUGGAGACCAUCGACGUGGAGGUGACGAAGGACCACCAGGGUCUGGGCAUCACCAUUGCAGGAUACGUGUGCGAGAGAGAGGAGCUGUCUGGCAUCUUCGUCAAGUCGAUCAACAUGGGGAGCGCCGCCGACAGGAACGGACAGAUCCAAGUUAAUGACCAGAUUGUACAGGUUGACGGGAGGAGCCUGGCCGGGCUGAGCAACCACGCCGCGGUGGACGUGCUGCGAGCCACGGGACAGGUGGUGCGCCUCCGCCUGGCGCGCUACCUCAGGGGACCCAAGUACGAGCAGCUCCAGCAGGCCAUCGCGAACUCGGAGCUCAAGACCACGCCCACCACGCCCAACCCACCCAGAGCUCAGAUGGGCGAACUCCCCAGCAGCGAGGCCAUUCGAACAGCUCUCGGGGACCUCGAAAUGAAUGUGGAAGACCCAGUCAUGGUGGAGGCCAUCAACCCAGCACUCUCUGCACCUACCUCCUCGUCAACAAUCAUCGCCGACGUGCCUACCUUCUCCACCAUCUCCAACCAGCCGCCGCAGCCCCCAGUUUUAUCCUCUGGGAUGAAUUCCUCCUAUGCGACCACCACCAAUGUGCCUCAGCUGUCAUCCACCAUCCCUCAACUGUCCUCUGGCGUCCCUCCGUUGUCCUCCGGUACCAGUACAGACAUCCGACUCGAAGACAUUGAGUUGAUGAUAGACAGCAAUUACUCUGGUGAGCUGCGACCCUCCGUGGAGAAUGCCAUCAAGCGGAAAUGGUCAAGGAUCGUUGGACCUGAGUUCGAGAUAGUCGUUGCCCAAUUAAGCAAGUUUGAAGAAGGAGGUGGCCUGGGCAUUAGCCUCGAGGGAACAGUGGACGUAGAAGGAGGAAGGGAGGUCCGUCCACACCACUACAUCCGCUCAAUCUUGCCCGAUGGCCCAGUUGGAAAGAAUGGGCGUCUGUGCAGUGGUGACGAGCUCUUAGAGGUUAAUGGACAGAAGUUGCUUGGCCUAAACCAUGUUGAAGUUGUUGGAAUACUGAAAGAACUCCCAGGAUCUGUGCGCCUGGUUUGUGGUCGACGAGCCCCAGGUGCACCACCUCCACUUCACCCUAUUGAUGCUCCUACAGCUGAUCGGGACACCUUUGCUGCUAGGAAUAUUCUUGGUGGUUCUCUCCAAAAUCUUAUCCCUGGAUCGGAACGACUCGUCAAGGCCAAGUCUGAUGGAUCCUUGGCAUCCUCGGCCACUGCAGCCACAAAUGAUACUUCCUUCAAUCGCAUGAAGAGCCGCAGCCUUGAACCACUAACUGGGCUGGCCAUGUGGAGCUCUGAGGCUCAGAUCAUCGAGUUAAUGAAGGGCGACAGGGGAUUGGGCUUCUCUAUCUUGGAUUAUCAGGAUCCACUAAACCCACAAGAAACAGUGAUAGUGAUUCGCUCACUUGUUCCCGGGGGAGUAGCAGAGAAAGAUGGCCGUUUGAUACCUGGUGACCGUCUCAUUGCUGUCAAUGGAACCAACCUAGAAAACGCAACUCUUGAUCAAGCAGUAGCAGCCCUGAAGGGAGCACCAAAAGGCCCUGUUUCAAUCGCUGUAGCCAAACCAAUCAGCGUUCUGGAAUCUACUGGUCAGGCUCAGACACCAGACAGCGACGACCCGACGGCCUCGCACCCUCGCCGCAACCUGCUCGACGCUAUCCUGGGCGAGUUCGGGGCUUCGGGCGACGGGGACCUGCACGACAACCAGCUGCUUGAUAAGACCGACGGCGGGGACGAAGAAGACGACGAGGAGAGGGGAGAAGAAGAGGACAGAGACGAUGAAGAGGACUUGGACGAUCACAUGUACAGAGGACACAGGGCGUCCGUGCUGAUGGUUCCUGUGGCGACGGAGCGACUCAUCGGCAGCGGCCCGACCAACAUGGCCGCCGCCCCCUCCACCACCUCCCUCCCCGCCGCCCAGCCGCCCUCGCAGACGCACGCCGCCUACGCCCACGGUACGGGCGGCGGCGCUGGCUCGGGCGACGAGGACCAGACGACGCCCCACUCAUCCCCGCAGCUGUCACGAUGGGCGGCCCAGGUACCGCCCCUCCCCAAGGAAAUGGAAAGGACCAUCAAGAUCAAGAAGGGCGCCGACCAGCUGGGCGUCAACAUCGAAGUGGUGGACCAGGGCGUGAACGGCGUGGUGGUCUCCUCGCUGGUGAGGAACGGCGCCGUGCACAAGGACGGCCGCCUGCACGCUGGGGACUUCAUCCUCAGCGUCAACAACGAGUCCAUGAGGAACAUCACCAACUCCCAGGCCAGAGCCAUCCUCAGGCGCACUCAGCUGGUCAGCACCGACGUCAGCAUCUGCUACAUUCGAGGGCAGGACGCAGCUGCCUUCCGCGAGGCUUCUCUGCUGCAGUAUCGGUCGGGACAGCAGGAGCAGCAUCAGCAGUCCCAGCAGUCGCAGCAGCAGACCAGUCCCAGGAUUUUCCCGAAGUACUACCGGUCUCCAUAUGUGCCCCGGGGUGACAGUUCAGAAGACGAAACUGCUGGUGGCAUCAACAGCGAUCUCACUCGCUCUAUCACUGCCCCAUCCUUCAUCACCAGAGACCUCAGGUCACGUGAUCCUAGUCAUGAGGAUCUUUUAGGAUCUAUCUCCAGCUUACCACAACAACCAGAGACUGAAGUUGGAGGACUUACUGUUAUCAACAUUAAACACGCCUUGAGUGAAACUCUUGCUGAGACACGUGCCGAGGAAUCUAAUAUCUCUUCUGUUCACAUUGGAGGUGAAGAGAAUAAGAAUAUUGAAGAGGACAGUGAGGAAGGACCAUUUACAAUAACUUUCAAGAACGUCUCUGAAGCACAUCCAGAGUACAACCCCAAAGUAGGCCUAGAACCAGAAGCAGAGGACCACGAAGUUUUAGGGGUUCUUCAGGGUGAUGGAGUAAGUUCUGGUCGACCUCCUGGAGGUGAACCUUGUCUUUACACUAAUCCUGAAUGUAUUACUAAUAUACAUAUUCUAACUGGGACUAGUGAGCCUAGUGUUACUAAUCAAUUUAUAGUGAACAACCGAAUAGGAAAUAAUUUAGCAGGGACUGAGAGUGAUUUCCAAACCCCAGACUCUUUAGAACUAACCAGUGGUGCUCCAGCAAAUCUUUAUCAACAAUCAUCUUCAAGACUAGUUAGGUUUGCAGAAUCUAAAGGGAGAAGUGAACACAGUGAAUCCUCUGACUCUAGUGCUGAGAGAAGCAGUUCCCUAUUUGUUGAGUGUGAUUCAGAUCGCCAUUCUGUAAGUGACGUGUUAUCAGAUGACCUAAAUACACCGAGUGCGAAGUUGGUGGUAGCUCAUUUAACAGAUGUUGAAAGUGUUGUUCAGAAGCGUUCUAUAGUGACUUCCAGAUCUUUUGACGAGUCGCCACAUAUACAAAAAUCUUAUUUCGAAAGACAAUAUAGUGAGGUCAUACUUGACUCUAGUUAUUUAGCUCGUGAGCAAGUGAUCACACAAGAACAAAGAGAGCGUAAUCAAUCGAUAGACUCUAGGUACAGAAAUGAACCACUAGUUGGAGAACCUAAUAGACUUGUGAAGAGUGAAUCUAAUCCUGUUUGUAUAUCACGUAAAGAAUUAAUUAUUGCUGAGCCUCUUCAUCCCAAAGGAUUUGAAGGCUUAACACAGUCUACUGUCGAUAGUGAGCCAGAGAUCCAAAGAUCAUCAGUUUCAGGUCCCGUUAUUUAUAGAAAAGAUUUAUCACCAGACAGUAAUCACACUUCUGCCACAACUGUUACUCCAACUGCAACUAGAACUGUGACUACAUCAGUCACAGCAAUAUCAUCAGUUUUACCUGGCUCUACUUUGUCUACUACAACUAUUACCAAUAUGACAGUCACCCAGGUAGUAAGGAACAUGGGGUUCAUUUGUAGAGUAGAUGAAUUUAACUUGCAUGAUAUCUUGUGUAAAUAUGUGUAGUCAGAUUUUGAUUUUCCAAUAUUUUCUGGACCUGAA